UUAAUUAUGGAUCACGUAACGUGUAACGUGAUUACUUAGUCCUGACUUAGUCGCCGUUGUACCUCCUUGAUAAAUCGUGCGUCAAUUCGCGAUUCAUGAAAUAAAAAGAAAACGUGGAACCGCAUAAGGUCCUGAAUAAAAAACUUAAGAUACGAUCGAAUAAAACUGAAAAUAUAAAUUAGUCAAAUAUGUGGGUAGAAGAAUGCGAUAGUUUCGCGGAACUUUGUCGAGGUUAUUUACCUUAUUAUUUGUUGAUAGUUUUGCCGAUAUUUAUUAUUAUUUCGCCGGCUAAUCCGGUCGCGGCUGCUCAUGAUUUUCCCGUUUAUCGCAUGCAUCAGUACGAUUUGCACGGUGUCCCGCAUGGCUGCAGAAGCACAGCUGUAUCUCUUGAGGCAAGAUCGGCUAAUGGCUGGAGCACGUCAAGACAUUGUGUCAUUGUAAAAGCCGUUGACCUAUCCCUUGAAGUUUUACAAACUGUCAAGAGUAAAGCUGGUGCUCUCGUCAUUGUUUUGCCCAAAGACAUGACAAAUAUGUCCAAGGAAGAAGAACAGCACAUUUUGACGUUAGAAGAGUCGAUGGUCUAUGGAUCGGAGACAACAAUUCCUGUGUACUUUGUCCAUUGGAGUAGUGAUUUGCAAACGAUAUUGGAUGAUUUGUCACACAGUACGGGAGAUGAGAAAGCAGGCACGGCAAUGGAGGCAAUGAUAAAUACAGUUGCUGCAAGUGGCUAUCAAGUUGCGAUAGCUUCAGGGCAGGCUAUCGCAAAAACCGAUGCAAAAGUUGCGACCCUUUACGGAAGAUUAGGUGGCCUGGGAAGCAAUGAAAAAGUCCCGACACUCGCCCUAGUCGCACAUUAUGACAGUGCUGGAAUUGCUCCGGAAUUAUCAUUUGGGGCAGAAAGCAAUGCAUCUGGAGUUGCUAUGCUUAUAGAACUUGCACGAAUCUUCUCGAGUCUCUAUUCCAACAGUCGAUCGACUCCUCGCUAUAAUUUGGUUUUUGUACUGACCGGUGCUGGAAAAUUAAAUUAUCAAGGUAGCAAAAAAUGGCUGGAAGAUCAACUUGAUGGAAAUGAAGCAUCCGUCAUCCAGGACGCUUCUUAUGUUAUCUGUUUGGAUUCAGUAUCGUCGUCCGAAAAUCUCUACGUGCACGUAUCAAAGCCGCCGAAGGAGAACUCGUCGGGUGGUCUUUUCUACAAGAAUUUGAAAUUAGCCGCAGCGUCUAUGCAUUCAGCGAAGGUCGAGGGCAUCCACAAGAAAAUCAAUCUUGCUGAUGAAACAUUGGCUUGGGAACACGAACGAUAUAGCAUACGAAGAUUGCCAGCCGCAACAUUGUCUACCCUCAAAAGUCACGACGAAAGUGGACGCAUGUCGAUUCUCGACGUUACGAAGAAUGGCCAAAUCGAUAGAUUGUACAAAAACACGCAAAUCGUUGCCGAAGCUUUGGCUCAGCACAUGUACAAUUUGAGUUCGAGUCACGUUUUUGGAAAUGCCGAGGCCAUUUCGAAAGAUUCCUUAACAAUGUGGUUGAAUUAUUUAACGUCACAGCCGCGAGCUGCAUCCUUAUUAGCCGAAAAACAAGAUCCCUUGAUAAAUUCCCUCCAGGAAGCGAUGUCUCGUUAUCUUGGCGAUGUUAAAGUCAGUCUCCACAGUCCCGACAAACGAGACCCAGAAUUCGUUUUUUAUGACGUCACCAAAGCCACUAUGAAUGUCUACAGCGUAAAGCCGGCCGUUUUCGACCUUUUCCUCACACUGGCCAUAAUUGUGUACUUAGGAGUCGUUUAUCUCGCGGUCCACGAAUUUCCUCGAGUUUACUCGCUAGCCACAAAACUCUCCACAAAAAGCAAGUCGGCCUGAAUCCGCUCACCUCGACUAAAAGGUCUCGCAUCGCAAUAAAAAAAAAAAAACGAACAAAUCCUCCAGGGUACCAUAAAAAAUCGCAUCUUUUUCGUCGAAGAUAUUUCAAAAUUUCGAUCACUCGAGACGACAUUUUUUCUCGAAAGUUCGGAGGAUGUAAUUGAUUUUUUAUUUAACUUUUAGAAUAAUUAAACGCAGGUUUUUGGGAGUUCGAAAAAUAUUUUUCGAAUUCCUAUAACCCUAUUUCUAACAUUUAAUCGUCAUUUUGUCACGAGUUCGCAACGUUCUUCAAAUUUUCGGUAAUUAUGCAGUUUGAGUACUUUUCCUAAAAUCGAUGAAACUUAUUUAAUAUGAGGAAAUCAACAACUUCAUGAAGAAAAAGCGAAAAAAAUUGCACCGUUUUUUCAAAAAAGUACUCAACUACGCAAUUACCAAAGCUCCUUCAUUAGAAAACAUACACAUGUUUUGUGUGUGAUGUAAGAUUCCUUCAAAUUUUUUCAAACAUUUCUAUAAAAACACAUAAACGUAUCGUAGCCGUGCACUUUUUUUUAAAGAAAAUAUUUUUGUAGUAAAUAACGACGUAAGACCUGCAUCCAAUUCUAUCGUUUCCGACAUUGAGAAUAAUUAGCGAAUUGUUUUCUUUUUACUUCCUAUUUUGUGAUCCGUUUUCAUGGAAUUUCGUUCGUCUCGUGUGUUCCGAAAGAAUUGCUAAAAAUGUAGCAUCAGGCUGCAACAAUGUGCCAGAAUCAUCGCAAAAUACGUAUAUGAGAUUGAGACAUUAUUUAUCGUCGUUUCUCGAAUAUGUCACUGUCUCUAGUGGCAGGUUUUCCCCCUUCAGGUAUUAGGUUAAUUAUUAUGAAAUUUCAAUUUAAAUAAAAUGCAAUGCAUUUGAGAAAUAAAAA